AUGAAUGAUUAGGGUGAAUAUGAUUGCAUAAUUAAACCUAUAAAAGAAAUCAAAUAAUUAUUGUUUUUGAAUGAAGUACUAUUGUUUGUCAAAUCUGAAGAGACUAUUAAUCACUAUUUUUUUAGUAUGAAUCAUAUCAUCUUAACAUAAAAUUAUCAAUUUUUAAUAAAUUAGAUUGUUUUUAAUCUUGAAAAAUUGAAUAUUUUAACAAAUUGUAGUUGUUAUAAGUUUUGAUUAAAUUAAAUAUAUUUUAAAGAAAUUCACAAAAUUUGUAUAUUGUUUAAGAUUGCCAAAUUGAAAUGAAUAAGGUAUUAGAAGAUUGUAAAUAAUAAAUUAGAAAAAGAAUUAAGAGAAUUUAGGAUUGAUUUUAAAUAAUAGCUAAGUUAGGUAUAUAAUGAAGGAUAGAUAAUUGGGAAAAGUCAUUAAUUAGAUUAUAAGUGGAAACUCCCAAAAUUUUCAUUUCUCCUUAUAUAAUUUCUUUUAUUUGCGAGCAACCUACACAGUGAAGUUAUUACCAAGAUUAAGACAUAAAUGA